AUGGCAGAGCCCCCUAAGCCGGAGCCCUCCGGGAGGCAAGACGCCGGCGCCUCCUUCGUCCUCGAAUCCAAGGGGCAGUGGUGGCACGCCGGGUACCACCUGACGACGGCGAUAGUGGGCCCCACGAUCCUGACGCUGCCGUACGCGUUCAGGGGGCUGGGGUGGGUCCCCGGGAUCUUCAGCCUCACCGCCAUGGGGGUCGUCUCCUUCUACUCCUACUACCUCAUGUCGCUGGUGCUCGACUUCUGCGAGAAGGACGGCCGCCGCCACAUCCGCUUCCGGGAGCUCGCCGCCGACGUUCUGGGGUCAGGAUGGAUGUUUUACUUCGUGAUAUCGAUCCAAACCGCAAUCAACACUGGGAUCAGCAUCGGCACCCUUCUGCUUUCAGGGGAAUGCCUUCAGAUCAUGUACAAGGAUCUAUCACCCAACGGAUCAAUGGAGCUGUGGCAGUUCAUAGCAAUGGUGACGGGAGUGAUGAUGGUGCUGUCUCAGAUGCCGUCGUUCCACUCCCUCAGGCACAUCAACUUGGCCUCUUUGCUCCUCAGUUUCGGCUACACUUUCCUCGUUGUCGCCGCUUCUAUCUACGCAGCUAUGUCCAAACAUGCACCUUCAAGGGACUAUUCGUUAGAGUCUGCACCCUCGCACAGAGUCUUCAGUGCCUUCACUUCCAUUUCCAUCAUAGCUUCCAUUUUCGGGAAUGGCAUCUUGCCUGAGAUCCAAGCAACUCUGGCUCCGCCGGCCACCGGGAAGAUGCUGAAAGGACUGGUGAUGUGUUACAGUGUGAUUCUAGUCACGUUCUACUCUGUUUCGGUCUCCGGCUACUAUGUGUUUGGGAACAAAUCGAGCUCCAACAUCAUCAACAACUUCAUCCCUGAUAUUGGCCCUGCACUGGCCCCAACUUGGAUUCUUGGUGGUGCUGUUGUUUGUGUUCUCUUCCAGCUUCUCGCCAUUGGCUUGGUGUAUUCUCAAGUGGCGUUUGAGGUGAUGGAGAAGAAAUCAGCUGACCCUAAUCGAGGGAUGUUCUCCAUGAGAAACUUGAUACCCAGGAUCGUCCUUCGAUCCCUUUACAUGGGGAUCUGCGGCUUGUUGGCAGCCAUGCUUCCCUUCUUUGGAGACAUCAAUGGGAUCGUGGGAGCACUAGGGUUCAUCCCUCUGGAUUUCAUCCUCCCAAUGCUUCUCUACAACAUGACUUACAGGCCAUCCAAAUCCUCUGUCAUGUAUUGGAUGAACAUAGUGAUCAUGUUUGUUUUCACAGGGGUGGGACUCUUGGGGGCUUUCUCUUCUGUUAGGAAGCUUGUUCUUGAUGCUGACAAGUUCAAGCUUUUCAGCAGCGACGUGGUUGAUUGA